AUGGCCGCGUACAGAGACUCCAGCGACAUCAUAGUGGGCGACGUGGACUGCACUGCCUCGGGCAAGAAGCUUUGCGGGAAGCAUGGGGUGAGGGGGUACCCAACCAUUCUGCAUGGGGAUCCCUCGUCACCCGAGGGCAUGGCAAAGUACCAGGGCCAGCGCAGCUACGCCGCUCUCAGCGCGUUCGCGGCAGGCCUCAAGCCGCAGUGCGGCCCGACGAACGUCGUUGGAUGUAAGGGGGAGGACAAGGCGUUCCUGGAGUCUAUCGUUGGCCUCUCCGGCGAAGCUCUCAAGAGCAAGGGCGACGAGCUCAAGGCUGCGGUGGAGAUGUCGGAGAAGGCUGUGGAGGCUGCGAUCGCGGAGUUCGAAAGCCUCCGGACACACGAGAAGUUGCUCAAGCUCGCGACCAAGAUGCCGAUGCCCGGGAAGGAGGAGCUGUAA